UCUGUUUUUUUUUGUUUUGUUUUAAGACCCUGGCUGCCCGGAAAUCUGGACUCUCCCUGGCUAUGGUGAUUAGGACAUCGCUAAACAAUGAGGAAUUGAAAAUUCACGUCUUCAAGAAGACUUUGCAAGCACUGAUCUACCCCAUGUCCUCUACCACUCCACACAAUUUUGAGGUCUGGACGGCGACGACACCUACCUACUGUUAUGAGUGUGAAGGGCUCCUGUGGGGCAUUGCUCGGCAAGGCAUGAAGUGUUUGGAGUGUGGAGUGAAGUGCCACGAAAAGUGCCAGGACCUCCUCAAUGCUGACUGUUUGCAGAGAGCAGCAGAAAAGAGUUCUAAGCAUGGUGCAGAAGACAAGACUCAGACCAUUAUUUCAGCUAUGAAAGAAAGAAUGAAGAUCAGGGAGAAAAACAGGCCAGAGGUGUUUGAAGUCAUUCAGGAAAUGUUUCAGAUUUCUAAAGAAGAUUUUGUGCAGUACACAAAGGCAGCCAAACAGAGUGUACUGGAUGGGACAUCUAAGUGGUCAGCAAAAAUAACCAUUACAGUGGUUUCUGCACAAGGCUUGCAGGCAAAGGACAAAACAGGGUCAAGUGACCCAUAUGUUACGGUUCAAGUCGGGAAGAACAAAAGAAGGACUAAAACCAUUUUUGGAAACUUGAAUCCAGUAUGGGAUGAGAAGUUUUAUUUUGAAUGCCAUAACUCCACAGAUCGAAUCAAAGUCAGAGUGUGGGAUGAAGAUGAUGACAUUAAAUCCAGAGUGAAGCAACAUUUCAAAAAGGAGUCAGAUGAUUUUCUGGGACAAACAAUUGUAGAAGUGAGGACCCUAAGUGGAGAAAUGGAUGUAUGGUACAAUUUAGAGAAACGUACAGAUAAAUCAGCUGUAUCUGGGGCUAUUCGAUUGAAAAUCAAUGUGGAAAUAAAAGGAGAGGAGAAGGUUGCUCCAUAUCAUAUACAAUAUACCUGUUUACAUGAGAAUCUGUUCCAUUAUUUGACUGAAGUGAAAUCUAAUGGUGGAGUGAAAAUCCCAGAAGUCAAAGGGGAUGAAGCCUGGAAAGUUUUCUUUGAUGAUGCUUCCCAAGAAAUUGUUGAUGAAUUUGCCAUGCGAUAUGGGAUUGAAUCCAUUUACCAAGCUAUGACGCACUUUUCAUGUCUGUCUUCCAAGUACAUGUGCCCCGGUGUCCCUGCUGUAAUGAGCACCUUGCUGGCAAAUAUAAAUGCUUUCUAUGCUCACACAACUGUUUCAACAAAUGUACAGGUUUCUGCAUCAGAUCGAUUUGCUGCUACCAACUUUGGUAGGGAAAAAUUCAUCAAACUAUUGGACCAGUUGCAUAACUCUUUAAGGAUUGACCUUUCGAAGUAUAGGGAAAACUUUCCUGCUAGCAAUGCAGAAAGACUGCAAGACCUGAAAUCAACUGUUGAUCUGCUAACAAGUAUCACCUUUUUUAGGAUGAAGGUUUUGGAGCUGCAGAGCCCCCCAAAAGCCAGCAUGGUGGUGAAGGACUGUGUCAGGGCCUGCCUGGAUUCUACGUACAAGUAUAUUUUUGACAAUUGCUAUGAACUCUAUUCCCAGCUGAUAGAUCCGGUAAGAAAAGAUACAUGUCCACUUUCUAUUUUUAAUGUCUGCUUCCAUAAGAAUAAGGAAGGUGGCCAACAUCACCUUUAUCUGACAGAGACUCAGAGGAAGGCAGGGAAGUGGAAAAGCUUUAUAGUGAAAAGCAGGGAAGGUUUUAUGUCUAAUAUGAUUAGAGCUCCUGCCCUGGGGAAACCAGGAGUCGUCCAAAUAGAAGAAGGCAUCUGGGUGAUGGCUUUGGGGGGCGUAUUUGGCUUUGUCUGCUUGGUCCUGAAUUAG